AACCGGAUCCGCGCUGUUGCAGCUGCAGCUGUUCUCCCGCGACACGCCCUCCGUUUCUGCACAUCACGCGCAUCAGAAAGCGCACGCCUCCCGCUCCCUCUCCCCGCGCGCGGGGUGCAGUGCGUGUUUUGUUCCUUAGGACUUGCCGUAUUGCGGCUCUCGCCCACGGAUCUGUGUUUAUUGCGGUGAACCUCAACUUUCCCCGCAUCCAUGAGGGGCGCGAGCAUGUCCGCGCGGGGAAGCGGAACGCGGGGCUUCUAUUUCAACACGGUGCUGUCGCUCGCGCGCUCACUGGCCGCGCACAGACCCGCGCCCGCGGAGAAGGUACAGAAGCUGCUGUGUAUGUGCCCGCUGGACACCCGGGGUGUGUUUUCUUUGGAUAUCAGACGCAGGGACGCUGUCAUUGCUCUGGCUGUGUUUCUGGUGGAAUCAGAUUUACAGCACAAAGAUAUGGUGGUGGGUUACUUGCUGAGUCUGCUGAAGGGGCUUCCCAGGGUGCAGUGGGUGGAGGAGGCAACUGGGAGAAAGAGCAAAGAGAGUCUUCCGAUGGCGGAGAUCUUCAGCUUCUGCUUGGUCACGCUGCUGUUUGAUGUGGCACUGAGAGACCCGGAGUCGUGCACUCAGAUUGUGGAGGCUGUAAUGGAAUUGAUGCAGUCUCUGUUAGAGAUCUUUCAGGCUCCAGAAAACCAUGAUAAAGUUUACCUGUGUAAAUAUUUGGUGCCGUGUCUCCUGGGCGUGACGCGGGCAUUCGGACGCUAUGGCAACAUGAACGAACCGUUACUGUCCCAACUCUUCCCUCGUGUGUCAUGCCAACCUGCGCCGCGUGUUGCCGUGGAAACGGAGGGCAUCCGCAGGCGCUCCUUUAAUGACUUUCGCUCCAUCCUGCCGAGCUCUCUGCUCACAGUGUGCCAAGGAGACACACUCAGACGCAAGGCUGGCACUGCCAGUGCUGAAACACAGGGGAGCCCAGAGAGAGGUGGGCCGUCACCCUGCUCUCCCACUGCUCCCGGCCCUCAGUACUUUGAAGGUUCAUAUCUUCCAGACGGAAGUGCAGUGGACCCUGAUUAUUACUUCACCACCGUCAGCUCCAGCUUCUCUGUCUCUCCUCUCUUUACUGUAGCCAGCGGACAGGAGAUGAACAUGCCUCUGGAACUGCUCAGACAGCUCCUGCACAUGGUGAAAAUCUUUGUGUCUGAUUCAUUUCUAAAGACCCUGGAUGGAACUAUAGGGGAAGUAACUGAGACAAACCCAGGCGCUGAUCUCUUCUACAAAUCAUUCAGUGACCCUCUGUACGUCAGCAUGUUUAAGAUGCUCAGAGAUACACUCUAUUACAUGAAAGAUUUGCAGUCAGGCUUUGUGAAGGAGGUUCACGACUUUGUGUUGGAGCAGUUCAGCAGCAGCCAAUCAGAGCUGCAGAGGGUGCUUCAUGAAGCAGAAAGGUUGCCAGGGCAACCUAGUCCCUUAAAGCUGCGUUGCCACGCCAACGCCGCCUGCGUGGAUCUCAUGGUGUGGGCCGUCAAAGAUGAGCAAGGAGCUGAGAAUCUCUGCACUAAGCUGUCUGAGAAACUUCAGUCUAAAACCUCCAGUAAAGUCAUCAUAGCUCACAUGCCUCUCCUCAUCUGCUGCCUCCAGGGUCUGGGUCGGCUUUGUGAACGUUUUCCGGUGAUCGCUCACUCUGCCACCAUGUCUCUGAAAGACUUUCUGGUGGUGCCGUCCCCAGUUUUGAUCAAACUCUACAAAUACCACAGUCAGUCCAGCUCAGGUGGAGGAGAGAUCAAGAUCAGCGUGACCAAUGAGCAUUCCCAGUCCACCUUCAACAUCCUGUCUAACAGGAAGGACCAGCCUUCUAUGUAUGAACAACUGAGGGACAUCUCCAUCGACAACAUCUGCAGAUGUCUGAAGGCGGGGCUUAGCAUGGAUCCUGUUAUAGUAGAAGCAUUUCUAGCCAGUCUUUCAAAUCGGCUGUACAUCUCUCAGGAAAAUGACAAGGAAGCCCACCUGAUUCCAGACCACACUAUCCGAGCUCUGGGCCACAUCGCCGUGGCGAUGAGAGACAGUCCGAAGGUGAUGGAGCCGAUCCUCCAGAUCCUGCAGCAGAAGUUCUGUCAGCCUCCGUCUCAGCUGGAUGUGCUGAUUAUAGAUCAGCUGGGCUGCAUGGUCAUCACUGGCAACCAAUAUAUUUAUCAGGAGGUGUGGAACCUGUUCCAGCAGAUCAGUGUUAAAGCCAGUAACCUGGUGUACUCUGCUACCAAAGACUACAGAGACCAUGGAUACAGGCACUGCUCUUUAGCAGUGAUCAAUGCUUUAGCGAAUAUCGCCGCUAAUCUGCAGGGAGAGCCGCUGGAAGACGAGCUGCUGAUUAAUUUACUGGAGCUGUUUGUUCAGCUGGGACUGGAGGGGAAGAGGGCGAGCGAGCGGGCGAGCGAUAAAGGACCCGCCCUGAAGGCCUCCAGCAGUGCAGGGAAUCUUGGUGUUCUAAUUCCAGUGAUUGCAGUGUUGACCCGGCGGUUGCCCCCCAUUAAAGAGGCUAAGCCCCGCCUUCAGAAGCUGUUCAGGGAUUUUUGGCUUUACUCGGUGGUCAUGGGCUUCGCUGUAGAAGGUUCCGGACUGUGGCCUGAGGAGUGGUAUGAGGGGGUUUGUGAAAUUGCUACGAAGUCGCCGCUGCUCACGUUCCCCAGCGGAGAGCCGCUACGCUCCGAGCUUCAGUACAACUCCGCCCUGAAGAACGACACUGUGACUCAGGCGGAGCUGAACGAUCUGCGCAGCACCAUAAUUAAUCUGUUGGAUCCGGCGCCGGAAGCUGCGGCUCUCAUUAACAAACUGGACUUCGCCAUGUGCACCUACCUGCUGUCCGUCUACAGACUGGAGUACAUGAGGAUGCUGCAUUCGAACGAUGCGGACAGGUUCCAGGUGAUGUUCAGAUAUUUUGAGGACAAGGCCAUACAGAAGGACAAGUCAGGGAUGAUGCAGUGUGUGAUCUGUGUUGGCGACAAAGUGUUUGAGGUGUUUCUCCAGAUGAUGGCAGAAAAGCCAAAAACUAAAGAGCAUGAGGAGGAGCUGGAACGCCACGCACAGUUCUUACUGGUCAACUUUAACCACACCCACAAGAGAAUUCGACGAGUGGCUGACAAGUAUCUUUCAGGAUUGGCUGAAACGUUUCCUCACCUGCUGUGGAGCGGACGAGUUCUGAAGACUAUGUUGGACAUUUUGCAGACACUGUCUCUGUCUCUGAGUGCGGAUAUUCACAAGGACCAGCCUUAUUAUGACAUUCCUGAUACUCCUCACAGAAUUACAGUACCGGACACACAUGAAGCUCGAGAGAGUAUAGUAAAGGACUUUGCUGCACGCUGUGGUGAAAUUUUGAAAGAAGCGAUGAAGUGGGCGUCGUCUGUUACCAAAUCUCACCUACAGGAGUACCUAAAUAAGCAUCAGAACUGGGUUUCUGGUCUUUCUCAGCACACUGGUUUGGCGAUGGCCACUGAGAGCAUCCUUAACUUUGCCGGCUACAAUCGGCAGAGCAUGACUCUCGGGAUUGCUGAGGUUAUUGGCCAGAUAAAGCUGUUUACUCGUGUAUCUGUGUACCUGCUGGGCUGGGGGCUUGGUGGUUGGUUUGCUGGGUGUCUUUAUGAUUCUGCUCCCAAGGCUGCUUUCCCUCAGGCCACCCAGCUGACUGAUCGACCCACCUGUGUGAAGAAGGAUUACUCCAACUUCAUGUCCUCGCUGAACCUGAGGAACCGCUACACCGGGGAGGUGGCAGGGAUGGUUCAGUUUGCUGCAGCUACACACAGUGAGUCUGAUCUGAGUCGGCUGAUGGUCGGUCAGAUGAGUGAAGCUUUAGAAGCGAAGGAUUCGGAUUCGUUCACACAGAGCAUGUUUAAAAUGACGGCUCUGCUCAUCAGUGUUAAAGAUUACGACCCGCAGCUGCUGCACCACCUCUGCUGGUCUCCUCUGAAGAUGUUCACUGAGCACGGCAUGGAGACGGCUAUUGCAUGCUGGGAAUGGUUCCUUGCUGCCUGUAAUGGAGUGGAAGUCCCGUUUAUGCGUGAGAUGGCGGGGGCGUGGCACAUGACGGUUGAGCUGAAGAUGGGCCUGUUUUCAGAGACUGAGUUGGAGGCGGAUCCUUUAGCAGCAUCAGAGGAGAGUCAGCCAAUGCCCCGCCCCCCUGACGUUACUCCACACGCCCUCUGGAUCGAGUUUCUGGUGCAGAGGUUCGAGAUCGCUAAAUACUGCAGCGCAGAUCAGGUGGAGAUUUUUACCGGCCUCCUCCAGAGGGCGCUAUCGCUCAGUGUGGGCGGAGCCAAGAGCUGCCUGAACCGUCAUGUGUCCGCUAUCGGACCUCGUUUCAGGCUCCUGACUUUAGGCCUGACCCUCCUGCACGCCGACGUCGUCACCAACGCCACCAUCCGCAACGUCCUGAGAGAGAAGAUCUACUCUACAGCCUUCGAUUACUUUAGUGUUGCUCCAAGGUUCCCCACUCAGACUGAGAAGCGUCUGCGGGAGGACAUUAGCGUCAUCAUUAAAUUCUACGCCUGUCUGCUGUCUGAUAAGAAAUAUCUCACAGCCAAUCAGCUCGUCCCCCCAGAUCCUCAGGACGUGUCGGUGAACAGUCUGUCAGUGAUGGCGGUGGCAGAUUCCCGGAGCAGUCUGGACGCUGCCGUGGGCUCCAGACAGCCGGCCAUGCAGGGCUGGAUCAACACCUACCCCCUGUCCAGCGGCAUGUCCACCCUGUCCAAGAAAUCAGGUCUGUCAAAGAAAAGCAACAGAGGCUCUCAGCUACACAAAUAUUACAUGAAGCGCAGAACACUGUUACUGGCCUUACUGGCGAGUGAGGUGGAGCGUCUGACGACGUGGUAUAACCCGCUGGGAACUCAGGAGCUGCAGAUAUCGUCUGAACAGUCGGUGGAGACCAGCAUCGUCAACUGGAGAUCAAAAUACAUCAGUCUGACGGAAAAGCAGUGGAAGGACAACGUGAACCUGGCCUGGAGCAUCUCGCCCUACCUCGCCCUCCAGCUGCCCGGCAGGUUUAAGAACUCUGAGGCUAUCGUGUCGGAGGUCACGCGUCUGGUGCGCAUGGACCCCGGAGCGGUCAGUGACGUUCCAGAAGCUGUAAAGUUUCUGGUCACGUGGCACACUAUUGAUGCCGACUCUCCGGAGCUGAGCCACAUCCUGUGCUGGGCUCCAGCAGAUCCUCCCACAGGCCUGUCCUACUUCUCCAGCAUGUACCCCCCCCACCCCCUCACCGCUCAGUACGCCGUGCGCGUCCUGUGCUCCUUUCCUCCGGAUGCCAUUCUGUUUUACAUCCCGCAAAUUGUUCAGGCCCUCCGCUAUGACAAGAUGGGGUACGUGCGGGAGUACAUUCUCUGGGCGGCACAGAAAUCUCAGCUUCUGGCUCAUCAGUUUAUCUGGAAUAUGAAGACCAAUAUCUACACAGACGAAGAGGGACAUCAGAAAGAUCCUGAUAUCGGGGAGCUGCUGGAGCAGCUGGUGGAGGAGAUCACGGGUUCCUGUUCUGGUCCUGCUAAAGAUUUUUACCAGCGCGAGUUUGAUUUCUUCAACAAGAUCACCAACGUCUCUGCUAUUAUCAAACCAAUUCCUAAAGGUGAUGAGAGGAAGAGGGCGUGUCUCAGAGCUCUGUCUGAAAUCAAAGUUCAACCAGGAUGCUACUUACCGAGUAAUCCAGAGGCCAUAGUGAUAGACAUUGACUACAAGUCUGGAACCCCAAUGCAGAGUGCUGCUAAAGCUCCAUAUCUGGCCAAGUUUAAGGUGAAGCGCUGUGGAGUCAGUGAGCUGGAGAAAGAAGGUCUGCUGUGCAGAUCAGACUCGCUGGAGGAAGGCCGCAGUGAGGAAGAGGCUCAGAGGAUUUGCUGGCAGGCGGCCAUCUUUAAAGUAGGAGACGACUGUCGUCAGGACAUGUUGGCCUUGCAGAUAAUCGGUCUGUUUAAAAACAUCUUUCAGCUGGUGGGAUUGGAUUUAUUCGUCUUUCCGUACAGAGUUGUUGCUACAGCACCAGGAUGCGGGGUGAUCGAGUGUAUUCCUGACUGUAAGUCGAGGGAUCAGCUGGGCCGUCAGACGGACUUCGGCAUGUAUGAUUAUUUCAGGAAUCAGUACGGAGACGAGUCCACGCUGGCCUUCCAGAAGGCACGGUACAACUUUAUCCGAAGUAUGGCAGCAUACAGCCUCCUGCUUUUCCUGCUCCAGAUUAAAGACCGACACAAUGGAAACAUCAUGCUGGACAGUCAGGGGCACAUCAUUCACAUCGACUUUGGCUUCAUGUUUGAGAGUUCUCCUGGAGGAAACCUGGGCUGGGAGCCGGACAUUAAGCUGACUGAUGAGAUGGUGAUGAUCAUGGGAGGAAAGAUGGAAGCCACACCCUUCAAAUGGUUUAUGGAGAUGUGUGUGCGGGGCUACCUGGCCGUCAGGCCGUAUAUGGAUGCUGUGGUCUCCUUGGUGACGCUCAUGUUAGACACCGGUCUUCCGUGUUUCCGUGGUCAAACCAUCAAACUGCUGAAGCAGCGAUUUAACCCCAGCAUGAGUGAGAAGGAAGCAGCGGCCUUCAUGAUUAAAGUCAUCCAGAACUGCUUUCUCAGCAGCAGGAGUAAAACCUAUGAUAUGAUCCAGUAUUACCAGAACCAAAUCCCGUACUGAGCUGACAGCCGACAGUACAGUUACAGCUGGACCCUUACUAAAAUCUCAUGUAUGUUUUAUGGAAGAACUGUUACAUCUGUGUGUGUGUGUGUGUGUGUGUGUGCGCACAUAGAGUGUUAAUGCACAGUGUUAAAUAGGGGUGGGACAAAAUAUCAAAAUCAAUAUAUUCUAUUGUUUUGUUUGCGAUACAUUAUUCAUCAAAUAUGUUUUUUUUUUUAUUUAUUGAAACAGGCGCUCUAAACCCCCUAAGCCCCGCCCUCAAUUAGAGGAGUUACUAAAGUUACUGCUUCAUUCCACAUGGUGGCGCUAUAAUCUAAUGAAUAGGGUUAACAAAACCUUCAGUGAAGAAUAUCGGUUGCUAAAUUGUGUAAAACUGAACCAAUAAAUCUAUAAUUCCUGGUAUUUGAUUAUUUAGGAGUAUUUUAUUCUCUUCAGAAACACAGACGAUGUGAAAGAUCAUAGAAUUGUGUUGUGAUUUAUCGACUAUCACAGAAUCACAGUAUCGUGAUCUUAUCGUUAUUGUGGGCAGUGUAUCGUGAUAUUGUAUCGUGAGAUGCCCUGUGAUCCCACCCCUAGUUUUAACAUGUUUGCCUCCCUUGUUGUGGAAUUUUGAUUGCCUGUUUGUUCAGUACUCUCUGCACUUUAUACGCCUGUAAUGCACUUGCAAGUUUUUAAUCUUUUAUUGAGUUCUUCAAAUGAAUAUCCAUAUAUGAACCAUUUCUCCCUUUCAGAUAUUCUUUUUUUUUUUUCAUUUUGACAACUUUUUACAUAAAAAAAAUAAAAUGUGCCUCAUGUAGACUUGUAGAGAGAAAUGGUUAAAAUGGUUAUUGGUUGAAACCGCGCUGCCCUGCUGAUGUACUGUUAACUGCAUGGCUUCAGUGUGUGAGAAAAACAGCGCAGUAAAGGGCAGCACUUUAUUCUACAGUAUGGUAAGUGACUAGUAUGUAAUAUGUAAAUAAGUUAAAGGUAACAAUACUAGUGAUUUUACGGUACUUUAGUAAGGCAGUGGUAACUACUAGUAAAACUACCAGCUGCCAGGUUUUAGGACACAUGCUUCAUACACGUUAAAUAUUCAAAUUCACUAGUAUAUACUGUAUCUACAUUCUGAAUAAGACAAUAAGAGAACAGUUACUAUUUAAUCUGUUAUCAAACCCCAAAACCAGCACAGCUCCAUUUAUCUGUUAUCAAACAUGAGCCAUUAAUUCAGCUCGGAAAAGUUAGCAUUGCCCGUUAGCUAAUGGGCUAAUCGGUCAUUUUUUGACUUAAAAAACGCCAGUGCAGAAAAUAUAUAAGAAGAGAUUUGUGCUAAAAUAUAAUAUGUAAAAUAUAAAAUAUAAUAAUAAUAAAAGUGAUGAAAAUGAUUAAGAAAUAUUAAUUAAUCACAGAGCAUCAGUUGCCAGUACUAGUAGUUACCAUUGCGUUGCUUCUUACUAUUUACCUAUUAAAUAGUAAUUACUCACAUACUGUGAAAUAAAGUGCUACCCACUGAAGUUUAUUAUGCCUCAACAUUACAGACUUAUCAAGAGUUUGUAGCUUUCAUCUCUUUAAAGUCUCAAAACAUACGAUUGAUCACUGAAUGCUGUUUUCUGUGCACUUGCUAUGAUGACACCUGGCAUUUGAGUCUUGCUGUAAGAAAUCCCAGUUUCUUGCUUCUCUUUCGAGAUUGAAAUUGCUUUUUCUAAAAUACGAGCACUAAAUAUAAUUAAUAAGAGAUUUACAUUAAUUUAAAUAUAAAAAUAUGUACAUUGAUAUGUCUAUAAAAUACUGUGCAUCAUAUCUGACUGAUGGCUUUGUAACUUGCUAACUGCACUAAGUUUGUGUUCAGUUGUGAACCAUUGUUCACCAAGACUGAAGGUCUUUAAAUCAGUGAUUAAUAAAAUCAUAUAAAUUUUUUUAAGGUUUUAGAAAUACUCCAUCCUGCCCUGCUGGGUGAGAAUUACAGACUAUUUCAGCCUGUGAAAAUUUGUUAGAUACACACCAAUCAGAACCAGAUCAGCCCGAGGUCCUAUUUAACCAAUCACAGCUUGUUUACAGUAUGUGCCUCAGUGUUGAACAGAUUGUGAAGUGAUUUUAAUAUUUGUACACUCGUUUACAUGUUUGUCAUUUUUCUGAAUCUUUUCUAUCCUGCACUGUUUUUGGAUGGAUACAGCCUGAGAUGUUUAAAUAAAUUAUUAUAUGGAAA